AUGCCGUCGGUGUCCCUGAUAGAGGCUCUUGCUAUAGAGCUGGAGAAAAGCCACUAUUCAGAUCAUGAAAUCCGCAAGCUGGAGGAGGAGGAGCAGCUGAGGAAGAGGAAGGAAAGCAUGUACGAUGAGGAUGAAGCACCCGGCAAAACGGUCAUCAUGGCUCAAGACCUGGAGGACAAGUGGGAACAGAAGUUACUGCGGUUUGAAGCUGCUCCGCGGAUAACAGAUGCUGAUAAAAACAACAAUCGAACAUCGUUGAACAGGAGGCUGGACAGUAACCUGAUGCUUCUGGUGAAACAGAAAAUCGGUAACCAGGAGCUGUGGCUCCUGCCUCAAGUGGAGUGGCAGCCUGGAGAGACGCUGCGAAACACAGCUGAGCGAGCCAUGGCUAACAUUUUAGGAGAUCACGUUCAAGCCAAAAUCCUGGGGAAUGCACCAUAUGGGAUUUACAAGUAUAAAUUCCCCAAGGCCAUCAGGACUGAGGAUAACGUGGGAGCCAAAGUAUUCUUCUUCAAAGCCUUCCUCCAAAGCAGUGAUUUGUGCCAGGCAGAGCUGAAGGAAGACUACCUGUGGGUCACAAAGGAUGAGCUGGGAGAUUAUUUGAAGUCAGAAUACCUGAAAAAAGUCAAUCGAUUCCUUCUGGACUUAUAA